GACAGUUGCACAGAUGACUACACAAAUAAUGGAGAAGCUCCUCUAGCCAGCCUCUUCUAAGUUAACAAACAGAACUGAGCCCGGAUUAAUUUCACAUUUCCCUCCUGCUUGUGAAGUGUAGCUGGGAUGCUGUGUCAGGAUGGGAAAUUUGUUUGGAAAGAAGAAACAAACUCGAGUGACAGAACAAGACAAAGCGAUUUUGCAACUGAAACAGCAACGAGAUAAACUGAGGCAAUACCAGAAGAAAAUCAACCUGCAGUUGGAGAAAGAGAGACUUUUGGCUAAACAGCUCCUUAAAGAUGGCAAAAAAGAAAAAGCUCUCCUCUUGCUGAAAAAGAAACGCUACCAGGAGCAGCUCCUGGACAAGACGGAGAACCAGAUUGGAAACCUGGAGCGCAUGGUCCAAGACCUGGAGUUUGCACAGAUCGAAAAGAAAGUCAUCGAUGGGCUGAAAUUUGGAAAUGAAUGUUUGCAGAAAAUGCAUGAGGUGAUGUCUAUUGAAGAAGUGGAGCGGAUCAUGGAUGAAACCCAGGAUGCCAUUGAGUACCAAAGGCAAAUUGACGACAUGCUGGCCGGCUCUUUAUCUCAGGAAGAUGAAGAUGCUGUUCUGGCUGAGCUGGAGGCCAUCACUCAGGGCGAAGUGGAGCUUCCUGAAGUUCCUGCAGAUAAGUUACCAGAAGUCCCAGAGGCUGCUGAGAAGAAACCAGAGAAAGAACGUGUCAGAAAGAAGCCAGAGCGCGAGCUGCUGGCUGCAUAGGAACGUGUCUGACCUCCCUCGGCUGACCCGCUGGCUGCUGGACUUCCUCCUCAACACUCCCAACAACCUACAUAAACCUGCAACCACACAAACAUUGGCAGGAGGGCUCUCUCUCCUCCAUAGGUCUAAGAUAACAUGACAGACACAAGGCCUCUUUUAUUUCACCCAGCAGCUGUUUGUCCUCGUCUGCUGCAGGCGGAGACGUGAAGGCCGUCGGGAUGGUUCUUUGGAGAAACGUUGAUUUGGAAACAUGAAGACUUGACAUCAGAUAAUUGUGCCUAAUCUUUGUUUUAUUAUUCUUCUCAACAUUUACUACUAAAUCAUUUUAUAUUCAUGGAAUUAACUGUACUGCGUUUAUGUUUUACUCACUGUCAUUUAUCAAAUGAUCUGUUUUUUGUUUUUUAAAGAGUCAGAUCACCCAAAUUACAUACAUAUGACAAAACCUACCAGUCUAGAUUUGUUUUAUCCCUUUUUUUAUUUGGUUUUAACACAUUUCUCUCUUGAGGUUUCUGCCUCAAAGUCUGUACAAUAGAGCUCAACAAACAGGGUUAAAGCCACCCUGCCUAAUGCAUUUUGUCGAGUAAAGGGCAUUGCAGAAGCUCAGAUUUUAUGAAGUGUAUUUGUCUUGCCAAAUAUAUAUCAUAGCACUUGUUUAAAGCCACUUACAUCUAAAAUAAAAUCUCAGUUCAAGGUAGAUCUAGAAUGACUGCCUGGCAGUUAGAAGCCUCUAAAACUGAGUGGACAUGUGUGCAAUGUUUGAAGAAAAUAUCGUAACGCAUUCUUUAGAUGUCAUAUUCAUAAGCAAGGGAUGAAAACAAGGUCUGAUGACCUUUGACCAUCUAAAUCUACAGCCCCAGUUCCAAAAAAGUUGGGGCACUGUGUAAAAUGCAAAAAUCUCCAGAAUGCAAUGACUGUCAAAUCUCAUAAAC